CUCUCUUAGUUUUACUUUACAUUUCAUACAUAAAGUCAUAAACACCAGCAUAUCUACUGCAAUAUUCCGCACCAAUAUAUGAGGUUCUGGAAAUAAAGUCACUGUAUUCAACUUGCCUGCAUAUCUAGCUCAUCUCACACGCUAGAGUUGGAAAUGAUUCUAACUUGCCUGAAACCAACAAAAAUUAAUUUACUAAAGCAGAAUUGCAGAACAAAUGGCUUGCUCACUGCAUUCCGAUUGCCAAAAGGCCCCUGCAAAAAAGAAAUUCAAAAGGUUCAAACAUCUGACAGGCUGAGAAAUUCAAAAGCAUAGCACUCUUGGCUGAUACAACUGUUUGAGCUGAGAAAAAAAAAGAGAGCGACAUGGCUGAUACAACUGGCGGUGUAAACAUUUUUCCCCCGUGAUAAUCUGAUCAAAAGAAGAAUAUAUAGCAAAAUUUUAUUAGCAUUGUGCUCUUCUACAUCAUCGUUCUAGGAAAAUCGGCCAAGAAAAUGAGUGAUCAACUGAUCAAGCACGGGAUGCAGUGACGUACGCUGUCGUCGCCUUAGUUAUAUCAACUUUUUUUGUCGAUGAAACCCUUAAUUAUAUCACUGUCAUGUUCGUGGCGUGUAAGCUGCUUUCGAUUGUUUUCAUUCUUGUUCUUCACUUCCUCGCUGCACGAGUGAACAGAAUCUACUUCUAAAUUAAAUUAGUACUAGUGGAUUAUAUUAAACUGAUGUCUCCUCACGUUAGUGAUUAUUGCUAAUUAAUCCCUCGAGGUACUAUAUAAUCGGUUCUUCAGUAGCCAUGAACUGCACCCCAAACACUUUCUCCAAAUUUCUUCAUCUUCCAAAUUCGACGACUAAAACUUAGCUCUGAAGAAUCUCAUCACAAACCAUGGGUUUCAUGGCCAUGAUGGUGUCAUGGCCUGCCAUUGCUGCUGCCUUCAUCGUGGCGGCAUCGCUGUCGUCGCCGGCGGCCAUGCGUGCCUCGGCCGCCGCCGCCGCCGGUGGCGGAGGAGGGAAUAAUCCCACGGCCGGGUUCGCGAAGGUGGACCUCACCGGCGGCGACUUCCAGGUGCAGAGACCGUACGACGUGCCGGAGAGCCGGCGGUUCCGGUACCGUGACGGCGUAUGGACGUUCUGGGUGUACGACUCCGACAAGCCCUUCAACACCGCCACCCACACCAACCCUCGCACCGAAGUCAGGCUCAGGGGACAUGACUAUUCAUCGGGAGUGUGGCAAUUUGAAGGAUAUGGAUACGUGCCAUCAGGAACAUCAGGGGUAUCGGUGAUGCAGAUCCACAAUGAGGAAGGUGCAGAGCAUGCGACUAUACUAAUGUUGCACGUCUACGAUGGUGUGUUGCGCUUCUAUGAUGGUCCGGCCAUUGAGAGCAACAUCUACAACCGGUGGUUCCGGCUUAAUGUGGUACAUGAUGUUAAAGCAUCGACGGUGGCUGUGUACAUCGACGGCAAGCAAAAGUUCUCCACCAAUGUGAUCCCUAGCGAGUCGUAUUAUUUUAAGUUUGGAGUGUACAUGCAGCACCGUGAUUGGUCCAAUUGCAUGGAGUCCCAAUGGACCAAUGUCACGGUCUACACAAAGUCUUAUUAGUUUGCUAUAUAGGUAUCACCGUUGUUGCCAUGGUAUAUAUCAACAUUAGUUUGUACAUGUAAUUAUGUAUCAAGAGAGAUGAAUAAAGUUUACACCUAUCUUGGUUGUCUCA